AUGGAUCAGGAAACUAAUAUUAAGUUUGUUAAAGAAGUAGAAAAGCAUGAAGUGCUUUAUAAUUACCAUCUUUCUGGAUAUUCAAGGAAAGAAAUCACGGAAAAAGCAUGGCAGGAGGUGGCGGCUAAAGUAAAUAUGUCAGCUGUCGAAUGUAAAGAGAAGUGGCGCAAUUUUCGUACAGUGUUUAUGAGAAAAAUGAACCCUCUACCAAGUGGAUCUGGAGCGAAAAAGAAGGCAUAUUAUUUAGCAGAAGCCAUGCAUUUCUGUUUGCCCUUUAUAAAAUCAUCGGUUCCUCCUUCAUCUGGGAACAUACCGCAAGCACCACAGCAUGAAAUAACUGAGGAAUCCUUAAGAGACGUAGAAAUUUGUGAUGAUAGUGCCUCUUUGACACAAUCACCCUUCACCGCCCCACAUUCCCCAAAGAGAAUAGUACCACCCGAAACCAGCGCACAACCUACUGCCCAACCUACUACUUCAGAAAUGCCUGAACGCACCAACUAUUUUCAGUACAGCCUCCGUCCAUUCGUGCUAAAAGAAGCCUUUCUCAUCGAAAUAAAUCAGCUGCAGACGCAGACCAAUGUGUGGCCGAGUACUUUAAAGUUAAAAAAGCGAGAUUGGAAAGUAGGGAUGACGGAACUAGUGGCUCUAAAAACGAAAGAAGAGACGCAAUCAAAAUGUUUUUGCUAA